UCUCCCAGCACACAUCAGGACAGAGCAGGCUCUUCAGGCCUCCAGGAUGCUGGUCCCUGCCUCCUGGCCCCGCCCUCCUCCCUGCCUGCUGCUGACUCUGCUGCUGGGCCUCACAGGAGGGGCAGGUGAGGAGCUGUGGGUGAUUCAGCCUGAGAAGUCAGUGGCAGUGGCAGCUGGAGAGACGGCCACUCUGAACUGCACCGUGACCUCUGUUCUCCCUGUGGGGCCCGUCAUGUGGUUCAGAGGGACAGGGCCAGGCCGGGAGUUAAUCUACAGUCAACAAGGAGGCCAUACCCCCCAAGUAACAAGUGCUGCAGACACCACAAGGAUAAACAACACGGACUUUUCCAUCCGCAUCAGUGAUAUCACCCCAGCAGACACUGGCACCUACUACUGUGUGAAGUUCCGCAGAACAGGGCCUAUCUACACGGAGCUCAAGUCUGGAGCAGGCACUCGGCUCACCGUGAGUGCCCAACCCUCUCCCCCUGUGGUGUCAGCUCCUGCGGGGAGGGCCACACCUGGGCAGACAGUGAGCUUCACCUGCAAGUCCCACGGCUUCUCCCCCAGGAACAUCGUCCUGAGAUGGUUCAAAGACGGGAAUGAGCUCCCAGCCUCCCAGACCACUGUGGACCUAGAGGGAGACAGCCCUCCCUACAACAUCUCCAGCACAGCCAGGGUGCAGCUGUCCCGGGGAGAUGUUCACUCCCAGGUCAUCUGUCAGGUGGACCACGUCACCCUGAAGGGGGGCCCUCCUCUUCGUGGGACUGCCAACCUGUCUGAGACCAUCCGAGUUUCACCCACCUUGGACAUUACCCAACACACCGUGUCAGAGAAACAGGGGAACAUCUUCAUCUGCCAGGUGAAGAACUUCUACCCCCAGCACCUUCAGCUGAGCUGGUUGGAGAAUGGAAACAUGUCCCGAACAGAAACGCCUUCAACCCGCACAGAGAACAAGGAUGGGACCUUCACCUGGGGGAGCUGGAUCCUGGUGAAUUCAUCUGCCCACGGGGAGGCCGUGGGUCUCACGUGUCUGGUGCAGCACGAUGGGCAGCCGGCUGUCAGCAGGAACCUCACCCUGGAGGUCUCUGCUCAGCAGAAGGACAAAGGCCCAGGAGUAUCUACUGAUGCCCUCGUAGGGGUCUUCAUAGGCUUCAAGGUGCUGCAGGUGGUUGGUGUCUCUGGCCUCUAUGUCCACAGGAAGUGGAGACCCUGACUGCGUGUCAGGAAGAGGACAGCAUGGAACACAGGAGACAUGCAGGGAAUGCUUCUUGAAUGAUGAGCAGAUAAUUAAAUGAGAACGUGUUUCUGCAGCCCAAUCCUUCCUCCCCUGCUGCAUGCCACCCUACAUCCUUGCAGUCUCCCUCCUUCUAGGAAACACUCAGCCUAAGGAAAAAAAGAUUGACUGAAAGUGUCACUGACUUCUUCAAAUGCCUCUCCUUGGAGCAGAGUUGCUGCCCACCGGCCCCUAGUGCCACUUCUCACAGUCUUUGAUGUCUCCAGACCUGGGCCUUCACUCGUGGUCUUCUCAGAAUCUCACACAGAACCCCACAUGGUCACCUGCGCCGUUCUCUCUCACUCAUGACUUAAAUGUGGUUGGAGGAAAAAUGGGCUGCUGAGCAUUGCAAACAUGGAAGGGACAGUGAUAUUAACACAAUCAGACCUUUACCCACCACCAUUGACCAGGAGCCACAGGAAGAGAAAGCAAUGCUGUGACCAAGUUGUACAGUUGGAUGAGUAAGGUAGCUACCUUAAUAUUGGCAGUGGUUCAAUAAUGGAUAUACCUUUUAAAUAACAUUUUUCAUUGCUCUUAAAGGACAGUGUGAAACUGAGGUACAGUAAUUUCAUGUGAGCUGAGAAUCCUCAACUGUUUCAACUGGGAGCUAGGCCAAGAGGCAGCCUGUGUUGGGGCUGUUGGCAUCUGGAGUGGUUUCAUCUUGUUGAGCGGAAGGGGCUAAGGAAGGAGGAUCUUCAUUCGAACACCACAGAAUUUCACUUCUCAUCCGUAAUGUUAGUACAUUUUCUGAAUACACGUUUUCCCCUUAAUGUAUGCCUUCAUGAUUAUCAUUGGAGAUUUUAAGUGACUUUGGAACAUCACAGUCAAUUAAUAUUCUUAAAUGAAUGAAGAAAUAAAUUCUUUUCUUUCUAUAUUCCUGGUAUUAGCUUCCUUCUGUAAGGUGACAUUUCCAUUAAUGGCACACUAUUUGAAAUUAUUCUUACUUGGAAUAUUAAGGUAUAAAAAUUUUUUCAACAUGUGUGGACCUACAGUGUCUAAGUGUAGGAACUGGAUGACCCAUUAAAGACCACACCGUCCUGUGAUCCAUCAGACACUGAGGGGCAGUGUGUUCACAGUUCUUUAGAGAAUCAAGCAGAGAGGUUCCCUCUGAGGUCUGGUAGGCAGAGCCCUGGCUUCAGAUACUGGAAAACCCAUAACAGCUAUGUGAUGGUGGGCAUCUCACUGACACUCCAUGAACCGAUUUUCUUUUCUGAAUAAUGGGAGUCAGGCUGCCUCAAAGAACUGUGAGGAUUUUAAAGGGGAGAGAAACAUGUGAAAGCACAAGGGCCUGGAACAAGGUUGUGUGUGAUAAGAUCCUUUCCUUCCUUUGUUCAAUGAGGAACUCACACCAUCUGCGGGUUUCCAGCCCUGUGAAGUGAAGACGCUGAAAGUUUUCCAGGGCCCUGGCUGCCUGAAGAUGUUCUCAGACUUUUCUGGGAAAAAUUUUCCUACUUGUAUCCUGGUAUCUGGAUCCAAGAAUCUCUCCAAAGGCAGCAAGAGCAAUAUUUGCUUCAAAGUCGGGGACACGCUCUCUAACAUGAGGGGAAAUUGGAACAAAUUCUAAUGUUACUGAAAUGAGCCUCUAACACUGAAACCAGACCGAAUUUUUGUUUGUUUGUUUGUUUUUCCUUUCAGGAGAUAACAGCAGACCUCUUCCCAGAGCCCGAGGUACCACCAGACUGACAGAUCAGACUGGCCCCAAAAGCACAGACAGUGCAGAAAGCAAACAAGUGAACUCUACCGAACCCUGAAUGGGGGUCAGAGCCAAAGUUCUCCCCCAGCUGGAAACUUUGUGCCCAGACCUGGUCCUCAUAGACAGGAUUCAGAAGCGAGGGAGGCCCAGGAAUUUGCACCUGGCCUGGCACCUACAUGUCACCUAAUCAGACUCUGCCUGCUAGAAAUUCCUUUAUACCUUCCAAUUUCUUACCUUCGAUGACUUAGUUUUAAGAAUGUUCAAAAAAGACUCUCAAAUUAGUCCUGGCUGGUGUGGCUCAGUUUAUUGAAGCAUUGUCUUACAGGUCGAAAGGUCUCAGGUUUGAUUCAUGGUCAGGGCACAUACCCAGGUUGCGAGUUCUUCCCCUAGUUGGGUACCUAGAAGUAGACAAUCAAUUGAUGUUUCUCUCUCUCUCUCACUUUCUCUCAUCCUUUCUCUUCCUAAAAGAGUAAAAAAAUGUCCUCGGGGAGGAUUAAAAAAAGAUACACGAAUUAGAAUUUAUAAAUAUGUAUAGUUUCUCCAUACUAUCAUCUCAUAAACUAGCUCUCAGUCUUCAUUCUGAGUGGAAAGGAGCCCGACCCAAGCCCUGGUUCUGGUCUUUGGUUUGGCAGCGGGACAACACACAUCUUCUUAACAGAGUCCUGUUGUCUCAGACAUUGGCUUCUCUUUGAACAUGGAACAUGGAAAUGGCUGACUUUUCUGGCUAAAAUAAAUAUGUUUUUUUCUUUUAAGAAAAACCUAAUUGUUCAAUGAUGUUUUAGGAGGCAACUGAACUCACUUUGCCCAGAAACUCACCAAAUGUACUGCCACUAAUGGAAUCAUUCCCUGAGAAAGAAUUCCAAAAACAAUUUGAGGGAGCC